CGCGAUUGGAGGGACUUUGCCGUAGUGAGACCUGGGCGGAUAAGCAAUUCGGUUAGCUGAUGGAGGUUUGGGGCGUCUUGGCUUAGAUCGUGUGCCCAGCAGCAGCUGUGUUGGCUAUUGCCCGUUUCGGCUGUUCUUCUAGAAGAACACAGAGGAGAAGCCAACGGAACAUGCAUCGCCAAGAGCUGUAACGGAGCGUGGCGGAGAGAUUCGGGCACCCCCUAUGACAACCCCGGUGACGCCGUCUAUGCUGGACUGUCUUUUGUGGGAAAUGUAUAAACCUCGGUCAUAGCUGUUCCCCGGGUAUGACAGUUUCCGCAAUUCCAUGGGUGAAAUGCCAAAGACGCCGCCUGCUGAGCCAAUAUCGCCACAUUCUUCAUUAACAGAGAUAAGCGUUGGUCUAUCAAGCAAAUUGCGGGAACUGGUCUGACAAAUCUUUUCUCAGGGCUGAGUCUACGCUUUGAUAAUGUCUGUCGUUGUGUAGAGAUUUUGUUUGGAAUACGGGCGGGCAGUCGACUUUGGUUCCCACUAUGCUUCGAUCCACGGCAUGUUGCAGAACCGACAACAACACCAUUUAUGCAACUUGGAAAUCCGCAGACACCCACCGAUUCUGAAUAAUUCACAAGACAUAUAAGAUAAACAACAGUGAUUGCAUGACCACGCUGUAGUCCAGUGUUUGUAUCUGCUUUUGCAGCUCCAGGGUACUGCUUCCCGACGGUUGAAUCAUGUCUAUAGUGUGGCGCCGUCGGUUGGAAUUGUGGCGUAAAGCAAGCCGAAUGAAAUUAUAUGUUGUUCCAAACGUUGAAUAUUCUAUAUUGACAUUUAUGGAAGGGGUACGAACCGCAGUGGAAAAUUGUACGCUGAUGAAGAUUGAAGAAUGACCAGACGACGUCCCUAACUAUUGGAAGCGGCAGCUACGUCGUUGACUUGUGCGGGCAGCUGUGCCAGGUGUUGCGCAGCUGCCAGCUGCAGGUCUGGUCUACACACACAUAACAAAACCUAAGAUCUCAGAAUUUUCCAAUCGAAUUCAAUUAACUUACAGUUUAUUUUAACAAUCGCAUAAGCCGCCCCCAAUGUCUUGCUGUAGCUCCCCAUUCAACGCUAGUGGGGACAGAGUCCAUCCACAACGGCAUCCCCGGGGAAUUCAUCGGAGUCAAAUCUUGCGAGUUUCGUCUUGAUCCACGAACUCCGGCCGACUUGCGACAUCGAACCAUCUGUAAGCAGCGCACUGUUGGCGAUUUUGUUAACUUGUCAUCGACGAAUAUAGCAAAAGGGGAAGCUAGCCUGGCCGACGGUGCCCCUUUCAGCUAGGGUCGGACGAUUUAUCUGCCGGUCCGGAGACAACCUUUGCUGCGCAACCAUUCCAGCACUUCUACCCCUCAAACCCGACCAACCCGAUUAUCACAAUGGGCAACGACUCGAACCCAGUAUGCUUCCGCUGUGCGCAGAUUAAGCAGGCGUGCAAUGGCGAGAUUCCCUGUGCCCGCUGCACCCGUCUUCAGCUGCCAUGCCGCUCGCGCACCGACGACCCCGGAUCUGCGCAGGACUUUGCGGGAAGCUUGCCCAAGGCGCAGAUUAGACGAGUACAGACAGGAUGUGCAGUGUGCAAGAAGCGAAAGAAGAAAUGCGAUGAAGUAAAGCCGAGAUGCGGCGACUGCCGACGUCUUUGUCUCGAAUGUGUGUGGCCAGAAGAAAAGCCACCGAAGCGACAACGGCCACCGACGUCCUCAAGUGCAACUAUAUCAUCUGGCUCGUCCAAGGGCUCCUCUACAGGAUCUUUAUCACCUUCACAUGGCCAGAAUUCAGCCAGUCUGCCGGUGCGCAAGAGCCCGAAGAUGGAGCCAUCGGAACCCAAGUGGACGCCUGUUCCUGAAGAAGACCUCAUGUGGGACUCUAGCCAGUCAGACACUCGCCAGAGCGACAGUAAGAUGUCUUCAGACACUGGAAGUUUUGCAUUAUACAAGGUGCAACAAAAGACAGACUGGUGGCUAUACGAGGACGCAUCGUCACUGUCGGUAUAUAUGCCGCAGAUUAUGCCACAGCUGGGAAGCCCCGAAGACCGCGCCCUCAUGAAUCACUACUCGACUAUUGUUUCGGGGCUUCUCUCUCGCAAAACCUCUGUAAACAAUCCUUACAACCACCACCUACUGCCCAUGGCUUCCUCCAACGACAUGGUACUGCACUGUCUGCUGGCUCUUUCUGCCAAUCAUUGGCGCAGGACACAGCCCCAGCUAGCAGCCCGCGGCAUCUAUCACCAAAGCAAAGCUACCAUGGCGCUGGCCAAGAUGCUGCCUGAUAUUGAAAAGGGUAACGGCGAUAUUGCCCUAGUAGGUAGCUUGCUGCUCUGUAUGUCCGACUUUUUCGACGGCACUAGCGAGGGAUGGAAGCUGCAUCUUGCCGGCGCCAAGAAGCUGUUGCUCAAUCUUAAGAAUCAACAAGGCGACAAAAUGAGCGGCCGCUCCAAGUUUCUUGUUCGACUCGCCCGGUUCCUCGAUUCAUCCUCUACCACAUCCACAUGUAAGCCACCUCUUCUUGCGGAAGAGGAAGAAGCUGCGGAAACCAUGGAGCGGCUGACAGCGGCCCCUGACGAAGAAGACUCUGCAUUAUACGGUGUACCCAAACAACUAUUUGAUCUCAUCGAUCGUAUCAACGAGAUUGCCAGCAAUCGAGCAACUCGUGUGGACGCAGAGUCGGAAGCUGCUUUCCGAAAAGAUGCUGCACAGGCAGAAGACGAGAUCAACAUCUGGUCAGCGCAUAACCGCCGCCGAACCAUGGAGAGGAAGCCUGAGACGCCGUUAGAAAAGGAUGUCUUGUUUGCCACAGUGGCAUAUGAGUAUGCCAUUCGUCUGCGCCUCCAUCAGAUUGUUGAGGGGUAUGAGCUAGUACCUCCUAUCCCUGGCCUCGUCCGCGGCAUCCUCGACGCCAUCCAGCGUAUUCGAUACGGUAGUCCUUUGGAAACAUCGUUGAUUUAUCCGCUAACUAUGGCUGGUGGGGCGUGCAGUUCGUAUGAAGACCGGCUCAUUGUGAGCGACCGACUGUUGGUAAUGGAGCGGACGUGCGGGUUUGGGUAUGUGUAUAAUGCGCGAGUGCUGAUGGAAAAGGUGUGGAAGGCGAGAGACGAGGCUACACCGACUAGUAAGCCUGUCAAUUGGGCUGAGAUUCGAUAUACUCAGAUGCAUGGGCUGGUCAUUUUCUAGGAGCGAUUUGUUCGGAUAGCAGUUUGAGUUUGCAUUUCCUUUUUCAGCGUUGGACAUGUAACGAUAUAUAACGAGAAUACCCCACAAUUUGACAAUAUGAUGUAUCCUUUCUUUUUUGCUAGGGGCCUGUUAAGGUUAUGUAUACGGCUGUAUGAUGUGUUGGCUUGGCUCCUAUCCGCGGCUGUGGGCUGGCAUUUGCGACGGCGUCGGAUCCGCAAUAUGCGCGGGGGUUGGGAUCCGACGGCAGCGGGCCUCACAUUAAAGUUACACUUGUUUAGUAAUUAGCAUGUGUGCUAGUUUGACCACUUUCUGGGGAUGAGAUCGAAGAGAAAUAUUUUAACUGCUUGGAGGUAAGAAUGGGAUACGUCUGUGUUCGAGAAAUGCUGUGGUUGACGCUGGUGGUUGCUUCUACAUCAUGAGCAACGACAGACAUCGUCUAUAUGUAUAAUCUGCAUGAGAUU